UUGUAUGUUUACCUGGAUUAUAUAUGGGUAAACAAAAUAAGCGACUAUCACUACCCAUCACUGCAAUUUGAAACCAAAACAAUUUGGCUGAUCAAUAGUUUCCAUCGAAAGUGUAUUGCUGCUCUAUUGAUUAAAAGAGUAAUAAUCAGUUCAAAUAUGCCACCCAAAUUGAAGUUUACUGAAGGGGAGAAAGUUCUUUGCUUUCAUGGUCCUCUUAUCUAUGAGGCUAAAAUGCUCAAGAGUAUGGUAAUGAAGGACAAACAAGUGAAAUAUUUUAUUCACUAUGCUGGAUGGAAUAAAAACUGGGACGAGUGGGUUCCGGAGAAUCGCGUCCUCAAGUACAACGAGGCUAACGUGCAGCGACAGAAGGAAGUCACAAAGCUGCACUCCUCACUGGCAGCAAAAAACAAGAAGGUCAAUGUGAAAGCUAAGAAAUCGGAUACCGGAGCAGGAUCGAACAAAGAUAGUGACUCGCGAGCAUCUACUCCAUCGAAAGAGAUUGCAAAAGAGAAAGAACCGACAGCGAGCACUUCUGGAAACGUUACACCAACGGCGUCCGGUUCCAGUACGGCAUCCAGCACGAAUUCCACCAGCCGCAGUCGAUCGUCCGCUAAAGCUCCAACGUCGGCGGGAUCUACUAAAGAUAAAUCCGAGGAAAAUGAAACACCAACAGAGAAACGUAAAUCUGAAGAUACGCCGGAUGUUAAUCCUUCGACGAGGAAGAAACGAGGUCGCAGCGAUACAAAUUCGUCGAAUGUUGAAUCGGAGGACCAGUUCCUCUCUAAAGUAGAGGUGAAGAUAAAAAUCCCUGAUGAAUUGAAACCCUGGCUAGUCGAUGAUUGGGAUGCAAUAUCCCGGCAAAACAAACUAGUCGAACUCCCGGCCAAAUCGACUGUCCAUGAAAUUGUGGACAAUUAUGUUCAAUAUAAGAAGUCCAGCAAAGUUUCCACGGCGACGAAAGAAAACGCCGUCCAGGAUAUAGCCAACGGUAUUAUCGAGUACUUCAACGUAAUGCUGGGAUCCCAACUUCUCUACAAGUUUGAGCGGCCACAAUACGCGGAAAUUAUACAGAACCAUCCGGGCGUUCCGAUGUCGAAAAUUUACGGUGCUUUCCAUCUGCUACGACUUUUUGUGAAACUCGGGUCGAUGCUGGCUUUCACAGCGCUGGAUGAGAAGUCGAUUCAAACGCUGAUUGGUCAUAUCCAGGAUUUCCUGAAGUAUUUGGUGAAGAACAGCAGCACUCUAUACAGCAUGCAGCAGUAUGUCAACACCAGCCCGGAGUACCAUCGCAAGGCGCAAUGACUCCUUCUACUGACGCUUCGUUUAAGAAGAACUAUUAAUAUUAUUGGAUUUAAAUUUACUUUCAUUGUACGUUAGAAACGUACCGUGUAGAAACCCAUUUUUAUUUUGAAUCAAGAAAUAUAGAUUUGGGUUUGGACUAAA